UAACCUUGUAGUCCCGAGAAAUCAACCCACGUUUUAUAUCUGACUUGAAACUUUUCGCAAUGCUGCUUCUUUUCGUUCUCACAAUCUGCAUUGUAUCUCCCGUAACCAACGCGGUGGAUAGAAAGUACACUGCCUUGCAGUUUGGGACCACUACAAACGACUACAUAAGCUUUAACUACGACAUGUCCCCGUUCCGUACUUCUUUCACCCUGUGUACAUGGAUAAAGAGAGUGUACACCUCAUCCACCUACCCAGUCGUGUUUAGUUACCAGACAAGUUCCAGUUAUUACGAGAUACUGACUGCAUCUGACGGGAGUUUCAACAGAGUACUAGAUGAUAUGGUUUUAGAGGACUCACAGAGUAAGUUCACUACCCAGUCGGACAAUGGUUCCAUUAUUGUUUGACUUGGUCCUCCUCCUCACGGACUAUUCAGCUCUACCUGGACGGGGAACUAGCAGCUAGCGGCCAGACUUCAUCCGGGAGACAACUGCACACUAGCGGGACUGUGUGGUUUGGUAAAAUUGGUAACUCUGUCUAUAGUGGUCAUAUCUUUGGUGGUCAAUUAUACAGAUUUAAUCUUUAUAAUAAAAUCCUUAGCUCAGAGACAAUAAAAAGAAUAGCAGAUGGUGGUUUGUGUGCCGAAGUAGAGGAGACUAUCAGCAGCAGACAACUUCGCUGGGAGGAUGUGCUAGCCAAAUCAAGAACUGGGUCUGUUGUUGAAGUAACUGCGUGUGAUGCAGGAUAUAGGAAAAUCAUAAUGAUGCUGCUCGAUGAAAAAGAAGUGCAACUAAAUGCAAUGAAUGAAGAACUAAAUGCGAUGAAAGAAGAAUUUGAUGCAGUCACUGGAAAACUCAAUACAACUGAGGACGAUUUACAUACGGUAACUACUCACCUAAACAGGACAAAAGAUGAGCUCAUAGUUGUCACCAGUGAAUUGAAUAGCACACAGGGAGAGUUACAAACGGUAACAGGGCGACUAAACCGAGCUGUAGAUGUGCUAGAGAGAACUAGAGUUAGUCUGGACUCCGAAACUACCAGACGUAACCGAACUGAAGAAGAGCUGAGUAGGACUAAAGUGAGCCUGGAGUCUGUAACCGGCAGAUGUAACCGGACUGAAGAAGAGUUACAAAGAACUAAAGUGAGCCUGGAGUCUGAAGUCACCAGAUCUAACACAUGCUCUGCAGAAUUAACAGACACUAAAUCUCAGUUGAAAGGGGCGAGGAAGUUCAGCAACAUCACGAGGUGGGAUAUUCUAUAUACUGAGCCCUAUUUCAACAACGUUUUCUCUGAGGAACUUCUUGAGGAAUUGAAGUCUUCGUGUAAAUCUUGGGAUUUACUAGAUGAGUUUGUUGGCGUGAAUCUCACUGAUAACGUUAUAGACCACUUUAGAAAACAUGAUGUUAACAAGGCGGAGUGCGGCGAACAGAGAGAUAUUUUUGACUUGUUCGAUGAAUUCAUCGGCGUUAAGUUGACCAGGGGUAUAAUCAAGCAUUUACGAUCGAAUCACAAUGACGAGCCUUGCGAUGAUUGAACAUGAAUAUAAUAAUUAAUCUGCUUACGCUGCCUAUCGUCUAAGAAGAUCAGUUCUUAAUAUUUUUUCAAUUAACUAUAAACUAUAAAGCUUUACGAUUGUUUUCUCUGCCGAUUUUGGUUUAUGUCAUCAACAUGACUUGGUAGCAGCGGAUGAUUUUUUUCCUGUGUAUUAUUAUUAUUACAAGUUUAAUUUUAUUUCUUUUUCAAAAAAGAUUAUUGCUGGAUGUAAUGCAUGCAAGA